AUGCUUCUCGCAAGCCUCUCGCUCUUCGCUCUCUUCGCCCGCCGCGCCGCGGCAGCUGUGUCCCCAUUCGUCGAGCCCCCAGCCGAGCUCUUCUCGCCCCUUAUCGCCAAGAAGGUGCUCGCGACCGCGGAAGCGUUCCCGAGCCCCGCAAUGUACCCUCAGUACACGGACCGCGUCGAGGGCAAGUGGAAUUGGGUUAUUCUCGACAAGUGGACCACCGGCUUCUUCCCCGCGACGCUUUACGCCAUGCACGCCCGCACGAAGCUCUGCCAUCACUCUAGCGUCGGCGACGGGGAUCAAUGGCUCGCGCUGGACGCUCGUGGCCACACCGGAGAUCUCGCUCAUCCACAACAACACGAACAUAGAGCACGACGUCGGCUUUCGCAGAAACCCGGACAACCAAACUGCAAUUUCGGCGGUGAACGGGUUCUCAGACGACCUGGCGGCCGGUUCAGCGAAAUCGUCGGGUGUACGCGUAGCUGGGACACGGACGAUCCUACAGACUUCCAGGUCAUCAUUGACAACAUGAUGAACCUAGAGAUCUGUCUGAUGGGCCGUCAGCUCUUUUUCGCGAGCGAAGCCUUAACCGGGAACCACACUCUACGCGACAUGGCCAUUUCUCAUGCCGACAAGACCAUGGCGAACCACAUUCGUCCGGAUGGCAGCUCCUUUCACGUGGUUGAUUACAACUCGACGACUGGAGUCGUGAUAAAGCAGAGGACUUAUCAAGGCUAUGCGGACAACAGCACAUGGAGUCGCGGCCAGGAAUGGGGGAUCUACGGCUUCGCGACCAUGUACAAGCACACGCAAAAAUAUGACUACAUCCAAACCGCACGUCGCAUGUCCGACUACUUCCUCGACAACCUUCCCGACGACGGUGUUGUCCCCUGGGACUUCAACGCGCCCCUCGACCCCCCACGUCCCGCGGACUCGUCUGCGGCGAUGAUCGCCGCGAACGGCCUCCUCCUCCUCGCGAACAGGAGACCUCCAUCUUCAACCCCGUUGGCGCUACGCGCUACACCAACGCUGCCAUCAAGGCUGGCGUGGGCGCCGACGUGGCAGAGCUUGCUGUCGAACGGAACGGUUAACACCCCGAAGCAGAAUACCCUGACGGGCAUGGUAUACGGUAUGCAGUCUUCGGUCGUCCUUCCUGCUGAGUUGCUGACAAAUUGUCUGGCUGGGCGAAGGCGACUACUAUUCAUCACGGCUGGGAAUACGCUCGUCGAGAAAGGCCUCGCGAGCUGCUGA